AUGGUUCGGAAGCUCAAACAUCAUGAACAGAAGCUUCUUAAGAAGGUUGACUUCCUCAACUGGAAGCAGGAUAACGGUCACCGCGAUGUCAACGUCAUGAGAACGUACCACAUCCAAAACCGUGAGGAUUACCACAAAUAUAACCGGAUUUGCGGGGAGAUCCGCAACUUGGCCAACAAGCUUCUGAUGCUAUCACCAACCGACCCUUUCAGAAUAAAACACGAACAGUUAUUGCUUGAAAAAUUGUAUGCGAUGGGGGUGUUGCAACUGAAGCUGAAGAUCUCUGACCUUGAAAACAAAGUGACGGUGCUGGCAUUCUGUAAGCGUCGGAUUCCCGUGGUGAUGGUUCGGCUAAAGAUGGCAGAAUCGGUACAAGAUGCCACUACGUUCAUUGAAGGGGGCAAUGUUCGUGUGGGUCCCAACGUCAUCACUGACCCGGCGUACUUGGUGACGCGGAACCUUGAGGACUACUUGACUUGGGUUGACCGGAGUAAGAUCAAGCGCAACUUGCUCAAAUACAAGAAUAAGAUUGAUGACUAUGACUUGGCGUGA